AUACGCGAGAUCAAACCCAAAAAUGCUCGCACAAAGCGCUACCUCGACAACAAGGCGCCACAAAUAGUCGAGAAUCCCAAGACCACGCUUUUUCUGCGCUACACGACCGUCUCCGAAGUUCUUUCGCUCGUGAUGAAAGAUCUACACUCGAUAAAGCGUCCCCUCUGCGUCAAGUUCGACAAGAAGAACAGCAUACACCCCUUUGAAGAUCCCAGCAGUCUCGAAUUCUUCGCCGACAAGAACGAUGCGUCACUCAUGGUGUAUGCCUCUCACAGUAAGAAGCGACCGCAUGCGUUGACACUAGUGAGAAUGUUCGACUUCAAGGUGUUGAACAUGAUGGAAUUGCUUGUGGAUCCAGAUACAUUCCGUUCGCUGUCGCAGUUCAAAAAUGCAAAAGCUGCUGUCGGCCUGAAGCCUCUACUUUCAUUUUCAGGGAGUGCUUUCGAGUCGCCGAUCCCCAACGAAUUUACCUUGGCCAAGAGCAUGCUGCUAGAUCUGUUCAGAGGCCCGGAUGCAGGCAAUGUGGAUGUCGAGGGCUUGCAAUACAUGAUCCAUUUCAGUGUAGAUGAGGAAGAGAAGGACGGUGUCAAACCGCAGAUUCACAUGCGAUGUUACUUGAUACGGACUAAGAAGGGUGGCGAGAAGCUGCCUAAGGUCCACCUGGAGGAGAUGGGUCCUAGAAUCGAUUUCCGCGUCGGGCGUGUGCACGAAUCGGAUCCAGAGAUGAUGAAGGAGGCCAUGCGGAGGCCGAAGACGACAGAGGCCAAGCACAAAAAGAACAUUGAGACCGACACAAUUGGCGACAAGGUUGGGCGCAUUCACAUGGGUCGUCAAGAUCUCUCUCAACUUCAAACGAGGAAGAUGAAAGGUCUUAAGCGAAGUCGCGAUGUCGUCGACGAAGGUGGUGAUGAUGCAAUGCUGAGCGACGAUGGC